UUAUAUAUGAUCGUAUGAUCUGCAAAUCCGGCUCUAUUGAUUACUGAUCAAUAUUCAGUUGCAGUCGACCUUUACAGGCAACAGAUCAACCAAAAACGACUCUUCAGUUUGACAUCAACCACAAUGUCCCCUUCCAAGAAGAUCCUCGUUCUUCUGCUUUUCCCGAUCCUUCUGGUGUCCAGUCACCCAAUUCCAGCCGAAGAUCCCGCCAAGCAGUGUAAUCUGAGUGAAGAUGACCUCACCAAACUGAAAGCGGCCAUCUCAAGUGCUUCAAGCGCCAAAGCAGCGAACGAAGACAUCCUGCCCAGUACAACCCUGGCUGCGUGUCCUAUGUUGAAGAAUUUCACAGAAAUGUUGAAAACCGUGGCCACCGAUAUGGAGGUCCUGAAAACGCAAGGAGUCUCCAACAUGGAGGUCCAGCUACUGCGAGAAUCGUUCGAAGAGAAGCUGAACGACCUCGCCAAGAACAAGGACAUCUUCGAGCGGCAGGCGAAUCAGGACACCUCCAAGGCCGAAGGAGAGAUGGUGGAGAAGAUCAACAAGCUGCAACUGGAGAUGGCCAAACUGCAGGAAGAGAUCGAGGAGCAGACCAAGCAGAUGUACGUCGACAUGAUCGAGUACAUAUUCGAGAGGCUGAAAAUGAACGAUACGGAGGCGAUCGACAGCUACGCGCAGAUCGUGAUGAAAACCAAGAUGCACGAGCUGAUCAUGAAGCUUAAAACGGAUCGGUUGGUGCUGUGGGAGAUGGUUAAGUACGUGGAAGGUAAAAAGAAUAAGUGGGUGGGCCGGAAGGUGCUCAACACGAUCCUCGAUCAGGUCAACAAACUGAAGCUUUACAAACCGGAAGAGGUGGAGAUCGGGAAGAACUCGUUGGUGGUCGUGUGGUGUUGGAAGUUUAACUCCGAAACGGUCUACGGGACGACGGACGAGGAUCAGAAGUCGUUCCACCUGGCGAAGCUGUUCUUCCCGAAAGAGAAGGGCUGCAAAGAGUGUGCAGAUGUGAAGAGCCGAACCAUGUGCAACAAUGACUAUCCGAAGGUCAUGGUGAAGGCUUUUGGUUAGGGGAGAUUGGUUGGGAAGUGCAGAUCGGUGAAUUGUUUGCUAAACCUUUCAAUAAAACUUGGGAAAUAUGAUAAA